AUGUGCGACAAAUUUGUUGUUGUGCUACUACUAGCAAGUGGCAGCCUAGCUGACCCUACAACGAUGGGCAACGACGCCACGACUUGGUGUCACGAGAGAGCCUACGUCAAGGUGAUGAUUGAGACAAUCGAAGACGAAAGAACAGAACGCACGGAGCGGAUCAAAGAGGACACCAGGCUAGCGGCGAUAUUGAACCUACCGGCGGAACACGAAGCGGCAACUGGGCCGUCCAAAACACGCCAAAUACUCUCUAUCGCUGCGAAGCAGAUGCUUGUAAAAAAGGGACAAAAGCUGGUCGAUUUCUUGACAGCAACACAGUGGCCGUUAAAGUAUCUUCGGGCGCGACUCAAACUAUAUGACAAUGCAGAGGUAGUUGCGGCGGACAGCGUGCCAACGUUAGGCAACGGCCAGCACAGCAGCAACGCCAUGGACGCAAACCCCUGCUCAUUACACCUAGCGAUUAAACAGACAGGAGACAGCAUCUGCAGCAGACCGACGCCAGCAGGAGCAACGAAAGCGGCAGUCAGAGCGAAGAUCAACAAAUUUACAAAAGCAAAAGCAGUCGACCGUCUCACAGUACCAGCACUUAUAACAGGCGGAAAAGCAGAACUGAAAGCCGGCGACAGCAGCAAAUCUUGGACCGGCGUGCAAAACAUAGCCGGCUGCUGCAGCUGCACAACAGGCUGCGGCACACACGUCAAGAUAACCAGCAUAUCUCAAGCGACAGCAGCAACGAAGGACCGUGAAGCAGCAACUACGCUACCAACAACCGAUACCGACUAUCCUCAAGAUGACGCCGCAGCCGCCAACCCAACCCACCAAAACAAAGCCAAGCUGCUGGCAGUAUACAAAAAGCUCAAAGAAGCGUUUGCAAACAAGCCACUGAAACUAACGGAUAUAACGUUAGCUCAAAUAUAG